AUGGACCGGGCGGCGCUGACGGUGGGGCCGGGCAUGGACAUGCCCAUAAUGCACGACGGCGACCGCUACGAGCUCGUCAAGGACAUCGGCUCCGGCAACUUCGGCGUCGCGCGCCUCAUGCGCAACCGCGCCGACGGCCAGCUCGUCGCCGUCAAGUACAUCGAGCGAGGGGAGAAGAUUGACGAGAACGUGCAGCGGGAGAUCAUCAACCACCGGUCGCUGCGCCACCCCAACAUCAUCCGCUUCAAGGAGGUCAUCCUCACGCCCACGCACCUCGCCAUCGUCAUGGAGUACGCCUCCGGCGGGGAGCUCUUCGAGCGCAUCUGCAACGCCGGCAGGUUCAGCGAGGACGAGGCGCGUUUCUUCUUCCAGCAGCUGCUCUCAGGAGUCAGCUACUGCCACUCCAUGCAAGUAUGCCAUCGUGACUUGAAGCUGGAGAACACGCUGCUGGACGGGAGCACGGCUCCUCGCCUCAAGAUAUGCGACUUUGGCUAUUCCAAGUCGUCGGUUCUUCAUUCGCAACCAAAAUCUACGGUUGGAACACCGGCGUACAUUGCUCCGGAGGUUCUUCUCAAGAAGGAAUAUGAUGGAAAGCUACCUGCCGCUAAUCCUUUGUUCUUCGAUGAAAUGAAGAUUGCGGAUGUGUGGUCCUGUGGAGUGACGCUCUAUGUUAUGCUAGUUGGUGCAUAUCCCUUUGAGGAUCCUGAUGAGCCCAAGAAUUUUAGGAAGACAAUUCAGAGGAUAUUGAGUGUGCAGUACUCGAUUCCAGAUUACGUGCACAUAUCUUCCGAGUGUCGACAUCUUAUCGCCAAGAUUUUCGUUGGCAACCCAGCUACCAGAAUCACAAUCCCUGAGAUAAGAAACCAUCCGUGGUUCUUGAAGAACCUCCCAGCUGACCUGGUGGACGACAGCACCAUGAGCAGCCAGUAUGAGGAGCCUGAACAGCCGAUGCAGAGCAUGGACGAGAUCAUGCAGAUCCUGGCGGAGGCCACCAUCCCGGCGGCCGGUUCUCGGAUCAACCAGUUCCUGAACGACGGUCUCGACCUUGACGACGACAUGGACGACCUUGAUUCAGACGCCGACCUCGACGUCGAAAGCAGCGGGGAGAUAGUGUAUGCUAUGUGA